AUGUCAAACAGUUACAACUGCGGAGCCGAAGGCCACGUCAGCCGAGAAUGCACUGCUGCGCCCAAGCCAAAGUCUUGCUACAAAUGUGGGAAUGAAGGACACUUUGCGCGCGACUGCCCUCAAGCUGGUCCUCCUGGAGGUGCAGGAGGUGGCUGGGGUAGCACGGGCGGCAACACCUACGGUGGCGGCUCGUCUCGAGAAUGUUACCGCUGCGGAGGGCAGGGCCACAUAGCGCGUGGAGGCGGCGGCGGCGGGUUUGGCGGCGGGUUCAAUCGCGGUGGUGGAGGUCAGACCUGCUACUCUUGCGGUGGCAUCGGCCAUAUGUCUCGUGACUGCACCCAGGGUCGAACUCAGAAAUGCUACAACUGUGGCGAACAGGGUCACCUCUCUCGCGAUUGCCCAUCCGAGCCAUCCUCUGAGCGCAUCUGCUACAAAUGCAAGCAACCAGGACACUUGCAGUCCGCUUGCCCCAACUAG